UGACAUCAACACAGCUGUAAAUUUGAAAACAUUCCCCACAUUCCAAAUCAUUUUUUGCCGUCUCGAAACACGCACACAACUAUCACAAAAUCAAAAGUUUGCCAAACAAAACAAAACGAAACGAACCAAAAUGACUUUUGCCUUUGCACGCUGCUGGGCAGGACGGAGGUUCAAUAGAGAAGCCCCCUGGACAGACCAGGAGGAUGAGGACCCCACCACGACAGAGCAGGAAGAGGAGGACGAAGACUCCACCAUUAGCACUGGUCAAUCGCAACUCGAUCGUGUGGUCGGCGACCUAAGCUGGGGCAACUAUGACCAUGCCUUGAAACGGAUCAGCGAGGCCCUGUCAGUGAGUACAGAUCGCAGACAGAUCGGGGCCCUCUUGGAGAUUAAAAACAUAGUGAUUCGACUGCGCAUUAAUACCGCCACCGAUAAGAUUUUCGGCCCCACCUACCAGUCGGAUGCCCUGCCGCACCCCUUCACCGCCGAGAUGCUGUACGUUGUACAGAAGGUGCUGCGAUGCAGCAACCACUACGAGGUGCUGCGCCUCUCGCAGAACGACACCUUCUCAGAGGUGAAGCGCUCCUACAAGAAGCUGGCCCUGCGCCUCCAUCCCGACAAGAAUCGGGCCCCUGGCGCCGAGAUGGCCUUCCGUCGCAUUAGCGAGGCCGCCGACUGCCUUACGGACCAGAACAGGCGCAUGGAGUACGAUCGGAACAUGGCCAUGGGCGACUCUGAGUACUCUGAUGGGGAGAAUGCGGAGCAGGAGCAGGAGGCGGAUGACGCUACGCCGCGACGCCCUUAUAGGGCGGCCAACCAGCGCGUGCCCGAACGUCAGGCGCUCUUCCAGACCCAGCAUUUAGUCAUCGGAAUGGUGUGUUCGCUGCUAUUCAUGGUCCUCAUCGUGCAUUUCCUAGCAACCGUGCCCGAAUACAGUUUCAGACGCACCAGCACCUACAGCGUGGCUCGCCACACCCAAUCCAGAAAUAUAGCAUACUACUUGAGCCCCAAGAGCGCCGCCAAGUAUACGGAGGAUCAGCGCGAGAAGUUGGAGCAGCAGAUCGAGAGCGCGUACAUCGAAGACCUGAAGGUGAACUGCCAGCAGGAGACCAGACUGCGCGACGCCCUGUUCCUGCGGAUGAGGCAGGGCGAUAUGGAAAAUAUACGCCAGCAUGCAGAGAAUAUGCCGACGCCAGCCUGCGAUGCGCUUCUCAAGAUCGGACAGUCCAGCUAUAGGCCUUUGCUCGAAUCCCGCAAUCCAAAGACUCAGAAGGAGCAAUCAGAUGUCUAGCAUUUUCCCAAAAGACGGGCGUGUCCAUUAAAGAAUCGAGUGAUAAUUUACAGGAAAUUUUCCUUUGAUUGAAGUUCUGUUCUAAGUGACACUUUGUCAAUAAAAUAACUUUAUAAACGAAUAAUUAACAAACAA